AUGAUUGGAAUGGGGAGUUUUGGUUCUAUGUACAAAAGAGUUCUCAAUCAUGGGAAAACUGUUGUUGCGAUAAAGGUGUUUAACAUUAGACAAAGAGGUGCUUCCAAGAGUUUCAAGGUUGAAUGUGAUUCCCUUAGAAACAUCCGUCAUCGUAAUCUUGUAAAAAUCUUAACAUCUUGCUCAAGUAUAGAUUUCGAAGAUAAUGAUUUCAAGGCUUUAGUAUAUGAGUUCAUGCCCGGUGGGAGUUUGGAGAGGUGGUUGCAUCCAAAUGAAAAUGGCAUACAAGAUGAACAAAGGCAUUUAAACAUUGUUCAAAGAUUGAAUAUUGCCAUUGAUGUGGCAACAGCAUUGGAUUAUCUUCAUCACCAUUGUCAUAUGCAGAUUAUUCAUUGUGAUCUAAAACCAAGCAAUAUUAUUCUUGAUGGUGAUUUGACUACACAUUUGGGUGAUUUCGGGAUAUCAAGAAUUCUUUCAAAAGCCACAAAUAGAUCUCAAAAUCACACGAGUUUAAUCGGAUUAAAGGGGUCUAUUGGAUACAUUGCACCAGAGUAUGGUGCAGGUGCUAAUGUUUCAACACAUGGUGAUGUCUAUAGUUAUGGGAUUCUAUUGUUAGAAAUGUUCAUAGGGAAACGGCCUACUCAUGAAAUGUUCAAAGAUAACUUUAAUCUUCAUUGUUGGACUGAGAUGGUUUUGCGUGAUAGAGUGAUGACUGUCGUCGACCCAUCACUUCUCUCAAUGGAAAAAGAUGAAGAAAAUGAAGCAACAACUGCAACCAACAUCACUGGAAGUUUAAGAUGCAUGAAAGAUAGAGUACAAGAGUGCCUUAAUUCAGUUAUUAGAAUUGGAGUUGCAUGUUCAACUGAAUCACCAUGGGAUCGAAUGGAAACAAAUGAUGUGGUCAAAAAGCUACAUAUGAUUAGGAACAUUUAUCUUGGAAUUUGCACUCACCAAGGAAGAUGAG